UGUCAGAGUCAGUAGAGUGAGUCAUUGUUCAGCCAACUUAUCAACGACUAUGGCUUUCCUACGGAAUGUUAUUGUUGCUCUGGUGACAUUGUUUUGUCUGCCGUUUCUCAAAGCAGCAUUGGUUACUCAGGUAAUACCUUCAACAGUCGAUAUUGGUUUGACCAAGAAUCUUAAAGUGGAAUGCUUAUUUUCACGUGACAAAAGUUCACCUUUGACUUUUUUAACGUCCUUGACUCUGUCUCACUCAGAAAGUAAAAUCGAACCAGACUACAUCGAUGUUUUAUCGAUCAACAAUUUCGACUCACAGAUAAACGGGGAAAUACAAAACAAUCCCAACACUCAGGUUUUUGGUGCAAUAGACAAUAUAAAUAAAUCUUUUCUUGGAAUCCAAUGGGAAUAUCCGAAAGUCGAUACUGCUGGUGCGUACCGGUGUGAAGCUCAUGGUAUCAAUCAAAUGGGAAAACCCGUAUCAGAAUUCAGUAAUGCCAGUGUUAACGCCAUAUAUCCCGAUACGAAACAGUUAGUUGACCAGCUUCAGAAACUAACACAACAUGUGGAACUACUGCAACAUGCAGUGAAUGCAACAGAAGCUAAAAACAAUAAAUUAGAAAAAGAAAACAAACAACUGGCCGAAUUAGUGACCCAAACUCAAGAGCAGAUGAACUUGACCACUAAACAGCUUACAGACUUAAUUCAACGAACUAAAACUGACCCGAAUAGAUACAUAAACGCACAAAACGUAUUAUUUACCUCUUCCUCUGAGUUUAACGGAUCGCGUUAUCUGCUUACCAAAACUCAUGGUAACACGAACUAUUUGUUUUCAAUCUUGACAUGCGGACUACUUGGCGGUUAUCUGGCAGAAAUCGACUCCGCGGAGGAAUAUAAUUUUGUGAGAGACAACCUGUUGGUGGGAACUUCUUACAGCGCAGUGUUUGUCAGUGGAACAGACGCAGCUCAGGAAGGAGUUUGGGUUCACAACUACAGUAAAACUAAUGUCAAAUACUUUAAUUGGGGUCCCAGUGAGCCAAAUUGGGGUCAACUUGAAAAUUGUAUGGCUUACUAUAGAUCACAAAAUUGGCUCUAUGUCGAUAUUUCCUGUGACACCCUCUACGCUUUUGAUAGCUCUGUUGCAUUCCUCUGUGAAGUACCGCAAAGGAUCUAAACCAGUGGUUCCCAAACUUUCUUCUCUCGUAGACCCCUGGGGGUCUAUAUAGACCACUUUGGGAAUCACUGAUCUAAACCAUGUGAAAUACUUAGUCUGAAUGUAACAGUAAAAUGAAACGUUGUGUUCGAUGUACAUUUUAAAUUUGAUAGGCGUUCGUUCUAUUUGCUUGUACUUUAUCUUGUUUUUUAAAGAUCUUAAUUAGAAUUUUUUUUUUCUUUCUAAUUAGUGAUUUAAUUGUUGAACUAAAUUUCACUAAGAAAUAGUUUUGCAGCUUUGUUCAAUGCUUGAAUGGGGUCUGGAAGAUUCUCCUAACUUGGCUCUUGGGAUUGCAAAUAUAGCGAAGACUCUUUUAAACUGGAACCAAAAAUGAUGAAUAUGAAAUACUGCCCUUCGGCGUGAAUUGCUUACCGGACAACAUCGGCAGCUUAUUAGUUUUUGUAAAAUGCAAACUCACUUUUUUAUAUUGUUUUUUUUUUUGUUUGUUUUUUUGAGGCGCGAUGGCUGAGCGGUAAAGUGGCUUUCGGACCAGUGUUCCAGGUUCGAAUCCUAGUGAAGACUGUUUUUUUUUUAUUUCGUCAUCUUUAGGCGCCUCUGAGUCCACCCAUUUCUAAUGGAGAGGGAGAAUGAAGGUGGUUUGUCGUUAUGGUAAAAUGUUUGUUUGUAAAAUGUUUUACAUGUUUCGGAUGUUCCUUCAGAGUUGAAGAUAGUUUACUUCCUAGUCCAAACCUCCCGCAGGACGACGGGGGAUGGGAGCGGGCAGGAUUUGAACCCUCGACCAUCGAUAAAUCCGAACGACAGUCCAGUGCGCAAACCGCACGACCAGGUAGCCACGUGAUAACUUGUUAAACGUGUAACACAGAAACAGAUGCCCUAUAGACUCCAAGGUCUGGAAGGGGAACACUUACUUUUUUGGUUUGUUUUUAAUAACGGUAAACAUUCAAUAGUAAUUAAUUAAUUAAUUAUUUUUUAUAGGUAAGAGAUG